AUGCUUGGCGGGGUUGGCAUGCUUGGCUUGCCUACCCUUCUUCGAUCUAUUGUAAAGCGCCAGGACGGGAAUCGCGACGCCAUGUGGAAAGGGGGCGGGCCCCAAUACAGCCAGCCGCUCGUUUGCAACAUGCAGCCGGUCUAUGCCAAAGGCCGGCCUGUUUGGGCACCGGUGCAGUCCUCGCCUUCAUCGGCCAAAGAGGAGGGCCACAGGGAGCCUCAUGUGGUCCACAACCACCAGCAGGGGCAUCAAGGGGAACGGGCGCACCCACACCCGGGAGAGCGCCGCCUGAGCGGCGCUUCUGUGCAGGAUGGCAAAGCCAGCAACUCUUUGCAAGCUUGGUACAACCACCCCCACGAUGAUGGCAACUUCUUCAUCGGAGAUCACGAGGAUGACCACCAGCGCACCACCGUGGACCUGAGCGUGGCUGUCCGAGGUCUCUGCAUGGAGUACUUCGAGCACCACGUCUCGCCCCUGAUCCGAUCCCUGCAGAGCACCACGGAGCUCCAGCAGCAGAAGCUGCAGGAGCUUCAAGUGAUGAUCAAUCAGGACCUCCGCGAGACAGUGGCUGUGGAGGUGGCCCGGCGCAAUGAGCAGAACGCUGUGAGCACCUUGGUGAGGCUUCAGGAGAUUUCUGCUACUCUGCAGAAGAAGGCCGAUGUCAACGGUGUACCUACCAUGUCACAGUGGAAGGCACUGAAUGCCAAGCUCGAGAGAACCACAGUGGAUCACGAUGCCACAAAUAAUCUCCACGAGUUGCAGCAGAGGCUCUCAGCCGAGCUGGCCAAGGCUGAUGACCGCCAUCAGGCGUUGCAGGAGAAGGUGGACGCGCUGCAACAGGAGCUGCGGCGCCCGGAGAAGAGGCCUGAGGAAGACUCCCAGGGCGGAUUGGAGCUGCAGAAGGUGAAAGCAUUGGUGGCUGCAGCGGGGGCGAACUUCAACAAACAGAUCAAGGAGCUCAGGCAACAGGUGAAGACUCUCAAAGAGGAGGCUGCUAGACCCACAAGUCUUGCAGACGGCUUUGAGGAACACCGCUGGGGCCGCAAGGUGUCUGAUGGCGCCUCCGACGCGGGCUCCGAUCACUGCUCCGAUGUGGGCUCCGUGACGGCCGCCUCGCUGGCGGGCUCCGUGGUGGCGGGGAUGGCCCCCGAGGAGAAAGCGGAGCUGCGGAAAAUGCAGGUGGUGGUGAGUGCCGCCGGCACCGCUUUCUCCACGGAGAUCAAGGACUUGAAGAAGCAUUUGCGGGAGGUUCAAAGCGACCUGGCGAAUCUCAAGAGCAUGGCAGGCUUGUGA